AAGCUGAGCUUAGCUUCCUGGCAACCCCUGCUCCUUAGAAGUCCUCCUCCUUAGGGAAUUCUGACCAUUUAAAAAAAGGGGGAACAGGCAGAUUUUAAAAACCACAGCAAGGAGUGAAGAUGGAAAAGGAGAGCAAGGCAUCUACCCAGUAUGGAUCCCUGGAAUCAACCAAGUGGACUGCAGCAGAUUCAGGCAAAGGGGAAGAAAUUGUUUCUAUGGCUGACUCUACAGAUACCAUUGAUGACAUUGAAGGAGAACUUUUCAAAAUUGAGAGAAUCAGGGAAGUUCUUGUGCGGAGAGAAUCAGAACUCCGGUACAUGAUGGAUGAUAUCCAGCUUUGUAAGGAAAUCAGCAGGUUGAAAAAGGAGUUACAGAAGUUGAUUUCAGUGCCAGAAAAUCGGAAAUCAAAAGAAGACAAACAGAAGGAGGAGGAGUUAGUGCAACAAAUUCAUAAACUGGUGGAGACUCGGGAUUUCCUUGUGGAUGAUGUAGAGUUUGAAAGGCUCAGAGAACGAGAAGAAGAUAAGGAAAUGGCUGAAUUUUUAAAGAACAAGCUUUCCAAAACCUGCCUUCUGAAAACAACUCCUGUAAAAAAAAAGAAGGUGACAUCAAGAGGACAGCAAACCUCUCCACCCUAUGUAACAAAGACCAGCCUCAUCUUCUUGAAGGAGUGCUGUGGCUUCACCUGCUCAAUCAUGUAG